AUGAUAAAGGGUGUGGACGGAAACAAAACUUCUCACAACGAACGCAUUCAAUUGGCUCUCAUUUCCCAGCAAGUGAGUGCUUUGGCCGCUGGUGGAUUUUCCUUCACUGAAAUGACAGCCACGAACGCGACCGGAAGCACAAGGCACGAUACCGGGUUCUUCGUUCCGACGGGCGCAUCCGAAACCCUUGAUUUCAACCCGCGAUCAGCCGGAUCCCUGGCUUGGAAAGAGCUUGUGGCAGGAAGUGGCCGGAGUUCAGUUUCGCGAAUCGCCUUCGGACGGUGGCGGCAACCGGAAGCAAGGACGGCGACGCUUCUCCUCAUCCCCACGCCACCUGUCGACACGCAACCAGCCACGCCACCUGUCGACACGCAACCAGCCACGCCACCUGUCGACGCGCAACCAGCCACGCCACCUGUCGACACGCAACCAGCCACGCCACCUGUCGACACGCAACCAGCCACGCCACCUGUCGACACGCAACCAGCCACGCCACCUGUCGGCACGCAACCAGCCACGCCACCUGUCGGCACGCAACCAGCCACGCCACCUGUCGGCACUCAACCAGCCACGCCACCUGUCGGCACUCAACCAGCCACGCCACCUGUCGGCACGCAACCAGCCACGCCACCUGUCGACACGCAACCAGCCACGCCACCUGUCGGCAUGCAACCAGCCACGCCACCUGUCGGCACGCAACCAGCCACGCCACCUGUCGGCACGCAACCAGCCACGCCACCUGUCGACACGCAACCAGCCACGCCACCUGUCGGCACGCAACCAGCCACGCCACCUGUCGGCACGCAACCAGCCACGCCACCUGUCGGCACGCACCCAGCCACGCCACCUGUCGGCACGCAACCAGCCACGCCACCUGUCGGCACGCAACCAGCCACGCCACCUGUCGGCACGCAACCAGCCACGCCACCUGUCGGCACGCAACCAGCCACGCCACCUGUCGGCACUCAACCAGCCACGCCACCUGUCGACACGCAACCAGCCACGCCACCUGUCGGCACGCAACCAGCCACGCCACCUGUCGGCACGCAACCAGCCACGCCACCUGUCGACGCGCAACCAGCCACGCCACCUGUCGACGCGCAACCAGCCACGCCACCUGCGGGGCUUUCCAAUCUCCUUGUACCAGCUGCGUGA